CUUCUGUCGACGGAUCACGUUGUGGUGGGAUCAUUUUCACGGACCUCCUCUCCGACGGCUCAUGCAUCAACAUGCGUCUAUUGAUGUUGGAGCCUGAUGGCGGGCUCCGUCUUACUGAUGACUUGAUACGCGAUAUCCCUCCCUAUGCAAUCCUUUCGCAUACCUGGGGAGAUGAUGGCGAUGAGGUCACCUUCAAAGAUCUAAUGAAUGAUACCGGCAAGAGCAAGGCUGGCUAUGCCAAGAUCAAGUUCUGCGGAGAACAAGCAAGGCGCCACGGCCUCCAGUACUUUUGGGUCGACACUUGCUGCAUCGACAAAUCUAAUAAUACCGAACUCGCAGAAUCCAUCAACUCCAUGUUCCGCUGGUAUCGCGAUGCGGCCAAAUGCUACGUCUUUCUAUCCGAUGUUUCAAAUUUUGCGUUGGACGGCCGCAAGGCACUUAACCAGCUGCCCUGGGAGUCGGCAUUUCGGGAAAGCAAAUGGUUCACUCGGGGUUGGACGCUUCAGGAGCUUAUUGCACCGGCAUCUGUGGAGUUCUUCUCCAAGGAAGGUACGCAACUUGGCGAUAAGAAGACCCUCGAGCGGCAAAUUCAUGAGGUCACCGGAAUCCCUAUCCAGGCUCUUCAAGGAACUCCACUUUCCCAUUUUAGCAUUGAUGAGCGAAUGUCAUGGCGCGCGCAACGUGAGACGAAGCGCAAAGAAGACGAGGCCUAUUCGCUGUUGGGCCUUUUCGAUGUCUCGAUGCCACUCAUCUAUGGUGAAGAAGGAAAGGCCCACACGUCGUGUCGACCCGUCCAGGCCCCUUCUAAUCAUCAGUCAUAG